CCUUGGCCUCACCAAUGGACGCCGUCGACAUUUCUCUUCAUUUCCUCGUUCAUUGUGGCGCUCUCUUCGCCCCAAAUCCGCUCUGGCGCCUCCUCCUGUUGAUCGCGCUGGAUCUCGUCGCUGCGCGCAUCGAUCUGCGUGGUAAUAUUGCGUGUUGGAUCGCUCGCCGAUCCGGGGCUAGGGUUUUGUGGCAGCAGGGCCGCAUUGCCCGUGAAAUCAAGAUGGAUCGGCUCAGGUGAUGCCUGAUUCGUAGCAGCGAUGUUUAAGCGCGUGAUCCAGCAGAAAUCCAGUGGCAGUGGCGAGGCAUCAUCCCCGAAAUCAGUGAAUAGUCUCAAGCCCACGCAUGUGGAUCUGAGACUAACUGUUCAUCACGGGAUUCCUGCCUCGGCCUCUGUCCUCGCGUAUGAGCCCGGCCAGCGUUUAUUGGCAAUUGCCUCAAGGGAUGGAAGGAUCAAAAUCUUUGGCCGUGAAGGAGUUGAAGUUCUUUUCAAAUCGCCCGCGAAUGCGCCUUGUAAAUAUCUCGAGUUCGUUAACAAUGAAGGACGAUUGAUCCAUGUCACAACUCGCAACGAAAUCGAGGUUUGGGACUUGAGUACAAAGGAGCUUGUCUCGUCUAAAACGUGGGAAGCUGACAUCACUGCGUUCGCAGUUAUUCAAGCAACAGCAUUUAUGUACGUUGGAGAUGAAACCGGGCAGGUUUCUGUACUCCAUUUCAACAACGAGGAUCGUUGUUUUGUCGAGAUGCAAUACACAGUUCCUGCCCAUUUGACAUUAAGUGGAUUGAUAGAUACGGACGACUCAAGUGCACCGUCGGUGGUGAGCAUUCUUCCUCAACCCGAUGCUGUUCAUAGCAGGGUUGUUAUUGUCUAUGGGAACGGUGUUAUUGUAUUGUGGGGACUUCAUGAAGCUCAAGUCCUUGCCAUCCGCGGAGGAACCGAAGAUCAGCAGAGAAAACUUUCUGGCGGGAAAUCUUCAGGUAGUGACGAGGAAGAGAAGGAACCGUGCUGUGCGUGCUGGGCAUGCCCGUCUGGCACGCUACUCGCUUGCGGCUACACAGAUGGUGAUAUCUGGUUGUGGAACAUCCCUGUCAAUCCCAAGGGAAAAGCAGAAAAACCAGACGUUUCGAGCUCACCAGUUCUCAAGAUCAUUUUAUCUUCGGAGGAAUUUCGAAUGCCGGUCGUGGUGAUGAGGUGGUCUACUUCUGUCAAGAGUGACAAGGGGCCUAGUGGUUACCUUUACGUGUUUGGAGGACAGGAAAUGGGAAUGGCGGAAGUUGUGACGGUCUUACCUGUAACAGAUCCUGCUUGUCAAAUGCAACUCCCACUUCGUGGACCUUUUGCGGACGUGAUUAUAUUGCCUAGUGGCCCGAGUAUCGGGAACGGAGCGAUGUUGGUGCUUUCAUCACCUGGUUCUUUGGAUGUGUAUGAGGAAGCCAACAUCUACGACUCUAUAAAAGCUGAGAAGCCUCCUGCUCAACCUGUUCCCUUCCAGCUUCCUUUGACGUUUUCUACAGUCACGUGUGCGAGACUGUUGGCCAUUCCAGAUCAAAGUAUAGUUGCAAGUAUUAUACUGAAGAUUCCACGCUUAUUGAAGGGUAACGUGCCUCCUGCGUUUCCAUCAGGAAUGAGAUGGCCUGUCAGUGGCGGAAACUUCAGCUCUACUACCGUUGACAGAAGGUCGCCACCCUGUCUCUACAUAACUGGUCAUGAAAAUGGUCUGAUCAACGUUUGGGACGCUUCAACACCAUGUCUCUAUUUUUUGGCGUCGGUGAAUAAUAGAGAGCUGGUAGGAUCGGAAUUAGCCUCCACAUGUGCUAUUGACUUCUGUCCAACGGUUGGGCUGCUAGCAGCUGGUGACGAGGCUGGUCUUGUUUUUGUAUAUACAAUGCAAGGCGAAUCGGGGGAAGGGACGUGCCAUUUUAUCAGCAAGAACGAGCCAUCGACAAAAAGAGAAAUAGAGUAUUCUGCUGGGUUUCAGUGUUUUGCUAUUCUAAACCUCCACACAGCACCAAUCAGAAGCUUAACUAUCAGAACCGACUGUCGUUGUAUUGCAAUUGGCGAUGACAAUGGAUUGGUUACCUUGUUCGAUAUCGAAGCUUGCGUGGUUCGUUUCCAUGGGAAAUGUGGGAGUCCCUCAGGAAUUGUCUCGUCUUGUUUUAUAAGUCUUCUAGCACGCGACCCAAAAUCGUUCAAACAAGACACUAUUGUGCUUGUGUUACUGAAGGAUGCGUGUAUUGCUGCAAUUGAUGGCAGCAGCGGGAAGACUAUUGGCUCUGGUCGUCCUAAUAAUCCUUCCGUUGCGAUUUCUCUACAUGUUCUCGAUCCAUCAGGAUCGUCAGUAAAAUCAGUAUCUCGAGCUCCUUCAAGGAAAGCCUCUAAACGGUCCGUUGUAAUGGCUGUUAUUGAGACUGACAGCUCAGGUAGCCAUAUUGAACCUGCCGAAGGGAACGAAGAAAUAGAGGAGGAUGUGAAACAGGACGACGACUGGACAGGAUCUGACAACCUCGUACUAUUAUGCUCUGAAGAUUCAUUGCGCGUGUAUUCUAUUUCAUCUGUUCUUCAGGGAAUGCGAACAACAAUUAGAAAAGAAAGACUUGAAAAGCCUUGCUGCGCGGCAUCGGUAUUUGAUAGCGGAAUACACGGCUCCGGUCUUCUUCUUUUAUAUGAUACCGGUGAUAUUGAAAUCCGGUCGUUACCAGCGUUGGAGGUUAUCAAAUUAACCUCGCUAAGUGAGUCUUUACGUUGGGAAUUUGGCAGCAGUCCAAGCUUCUUCAGAACUUUUGCUGUAGCAUCCAAUGGACGUGUAACUGCAGUUGAUGCAGAUCAGGAGGUUUUGUUUAUGUCAGUCGUUGCAGAUGAAAACGACAUGAGGUUACCGGGCUCUUACCCGCUACUAUACGAUAAAGAUGUUGCCACAGCAACAGAAGCAGCCAUCAAAGCGAGUGUUCAAGCAGCCAAGAAGAAGCAAAGUCAGAUCCAGGAUCUUUUUGGCGGAGUUAUGAAAGAAUUAAAGCAUUCUCUAGGCAAUGCUGUGGGCGGGGAGCGUACGGCCCUUGAGCUCCCCAAGCUUUUCUCGAAGCAAGUGUCACCGGUCGCCUCCCAUGGAACUAGUAUAGUGAAAAGGCUGAAGGCGGCUGCGAGUUCAGAGUCUUCUUCCAACGAACGCCAUAGUGAUCGAAAUGCCGAGCAACAUACUGAGCGGCAGACCGACAGUCCUGAUAAAGAAACUGAGUUAGAUAUUGAUGACAUCGAUCUCGGUGACGACGACUUGAAAUCGCCAUCGCCAUCGCCUUCGGAAGGCUCGGUAAAAAAGGGCGGUGUGAUGAGAAAGUUGAGAAGUAGCUUCAACAAAGCAGGCAAGAAGAAAGCUUCUAUCAAAGGGGACGAGGACGAGGAGAGAAAUAUGCUUUUUGAAGGUGGCUCAACGGAGACUAAACAAUCAAGCAAAACGCCGACAAUGCGAACAGCCGAAGAGAUCAAGGCAGCCUAUGGUCACAAAAGAUCUGCGGAAGCAAGCAGCGCCGCGGCACACACCAGAGAUCGAUUGAUGGAACGGCAGGAGCGCUUGCAGAACAUAAACCGGAGGACGGAAGAAAUGCAAGACAGCGCAGAGAACUUUGCAUCAAUGGCUGAAGAGCUCGCGAAGAAAAUGGAGUCUAGAAAAUGGUGGGAAAUCUAAAGCCGAUCUUGUCACUUUCGAAUCGAUCAACGAGAUUUACAAGCGCGCGUCCACGUCCCUCCCUCUCAUUGCUUUAGCGAGGUGGAUUCUAGAAAGAACUACGCGAACUACUCGAUCAUCAAAAUCGAUCGAGCCUAGUUCUUUUGUUUGUUUGACGAAGAGCUAACGAACGAACGAUCAAUCUUUCUAAA